AUGGAGAGCAGCUGCCAAGGCUGUGGCCUCUGGUUCCAUUCUCUGUGUGACUGUCUGAAAAAUCCGAAAUGGUGCACCGUCACCAGUGCCGCUAUCAAGCAAAACGACCCACCUAUCUGGGUGCUCCUCUCGCAGCCUGGAGCAAGGGAGAAUCUUACCACAACAAACAUGCGCGUGUCAGGCAUCCUCGACACCUAUGAGAAACCCAAAUUCUUCGAUGCCGGCUGGGCAUUUUCGCAGUCCGUCUACAAGCCCCAGGAUCAAGCUUUGGCAAUGAACUCCGUCCGUGUGCGUACUCACGAGCAAAUCCACACCCACAUCUGCCGACGUAACGAUGACAUGUAUGACAAGUUCGCCAGCGAGCAUAUCAAAAAUUACAACUCAGUGAAUCUCACCCGCCUGGACGGUGACCCUGAAUUAUUCUGCUUGGCCGUUCAAAAUGGCGGAAUUGUUCCAAACUUUUCGAGCGCCUUGGGUCGAUUUUUUGAGGCACAUCCUCAUACGUGCAAGGAGCGGAUCGGAGCAGGCAUCUUGCAAGACAAGUACAAGAAUACUUGGGCUUGCGCCACCAAUAGCUCUUCUGGACCCUUGGGCAAAUUCUGCCACCAUUACAGCUAG